AUGGAUGCUUAUUAUGAGUUCAUAGAGCCUACUAGGGUGUCCCACUGCAUUGGGUGUAACUUUAUCUCACCCAGUGUCAAGCACCUCAUAGUUGCAAAGUCCACGCUACUCCAGGUAUUCGAAAUCGGUAAGGACUCGAAUUUGAAGCUCGUUGAACAAUUUAAGCUUCACGGAAUGAUCACCGAUUUGAAGGCGAUUAGGACUGUAGAAAACCCGAACUUGGACUACGUCUUGGUGUCUACUAAGUUUGCCAAGAUGUCGUUAAUAAGGUGGAACCACAAGUUCAAUUCCAUAUCGACGGUUUCCUUGCAUUACUACGAAAACUCUAUCAGGAACUCUACCUUUGAAAAGUUGACGGGAACCAGCCUUAUAGUGGAACCCAACAGUUACUCGUGCACAUGUAUGAGAUUCAAGAACAUAUUGACCUUCUUACAAUUUGAGGUCGAUGACGAUGAGUACGACGACGAUAUGGACGACGACGAUAAUAAGAAGAGGUCCAGGCUGAUUCAGCAGCAACACCAGCAGCAGCAGCAGCUGAUGAACCAACUUCAGCUAGAGUUGUCUACUCGAGACGCUCCUCCGCUCUUUGUCGAUUCCUCAUUCCAAUUGGAUGCUCAAACGUUGGACCCCUCCAUUGGGGAGAUCAUCGACAUGCAAUUCUUGUACAAUUACAGAGAGCCUACGCUUGCCAUUAUCUACACCAACAACUCCACUUGGAGUGGUAUGCUUCCCAAAGUUAAGGAUAACAUCAGCUUCAUGGUGCUAUCACUUGACUUGAUGACCAGGUCGACCACGGCAGUGUUGAAGGUUGACAAUUUACCUUUCGACAUAGAGAGAGUAAUCCCACUUCCACAGCCUUUCAACGGUAGUUUGUUGGUUGGGUGUAAUGAAUUAAUUCACAUAGACAACGGUGGUAUUACCAGAAGAAUUGCAGUCAAUCAGUAUACGGAAUCAAUAACCUCCACCAAAAACUACUUAGACCAGUCGUCAUUGAAGUUGCAAUUGGAAAAUUGCUCCAUUACUCCGAUUAAAAAUGAUAAUAGAUUGCUUUUAGUUUUGGAGAAGGGGGAAUUUUAUUUCAUCAACUUUAAAAUUGAUGGUAAAUCAAUCAAGAAAGUCUUCAUAGAAAAAGUUGAUGAUGACAAGUAUAGUGAUAUACAGUUAACCUUCCCAGGAGAUAUUGCGUUGUUGGACAAGGGAUUGAUGUUCAUGAGUAAUAAGAAUGGAGAUAAUCUUUUGGUUGAAAUUGGAUACACUCAGCAAGAAGACGCAGCUGUAACAGAAGCCGAUGAAGAUGAAGAGAUCGAUAGAAGUGAUGGAGAUGACGAAGGUGACUACAUUGAAAAGUUGGACAAUUCUAAUGGGAUUAACGAUUUCAAUGGUGACUUUAAGCUAGUAAAUGAAGAUGAUGAAGAUGAUGAUAAUCUUUACGGGGAUGAAGACGAAGACUCCUACAAAAAGACAACCAAAAAGGGAAUAAUUAAAUUCACCAAGUGUGACACUUUAAUUAACAAUGGGCCAGUAUCAAACUUUACUCUUGGGCAUUAUUCUACUGAUAAGUUCAAGGCCAACUUAUCCAAUCCUAAUUUCAAAGAGGUGUCUAUUGUAGGAAAUUGUGGGUCACACAACAAUGCAUCUAUAAAUAUUAUGGUUCCCUCGAUUCAACCUAUAGUUAAAUCUUCCCUUUCUUUCUCGCAAAUCGAUAGAAUGUGGACCAUCUCGAACAAGUAUUUGAUAACUUCUGAUGAUGUUAACUUCAAGUCAGAAAUUUUCCAAAUCAAUAAAUCCUUUGCAAGAUUGAAUGCCAAAGACUUCAUCAACGACCAAUCUACUAUAGCUAUCUUUGAAAUUGGCGAAAACUUUUCAAUUCAAAUCACUAGUGCCACAGUGAACUUGUAUGAUUCAAAAUUUAAGAAAUUGGCAUCGCUUGAUGAAGAAUUGGGGAAAUUAUUGUCAGUGAACGAUGAUAACAUUCUCUUUGGUACUUUAAGCGAUGAAUAUUUAUUGAUCACUGUCUCAACCGGUGAAGCAAUGAUUUUCCAGAUCAACACUUAUAAUGCUAGCUUCACUAAGAUCAAUUUACCAAAAAUUUUGGAGGAUACAAUUAUUACUACAGGUUAUAUCACUAAUUCAUCUUUGUUGAAUUCAGUUACCAAAGAUAUUGGAUUACUUAUAAAGGGAGGUAAUAAGAGGAAGCACUCUUCCAGUAUUAGUAGCACGAAUAGCGCCAAUGGUACUGCUGAUGGAACUGAAUCGACGAUGGCAAAGAAAAGCAAACUCUUCGUCUUGGUGACUGGUGACAAUCGUAUUGUUGUCUUCAAUAGGUUCCAUAAUGAGAAAUGUUUCCAAUUGAACGACUUAGACAAAUUCUCAAAUCAUCUUAAGAUUGCAUUUUUCGAAAAAAGGGAAACGUUACCUGAUCCAUUUAUAAAACAAAUAGUAUUGAAUCCGUUGGGCAACAAAAACAACUCAGACUGCGAAGAGUUCUUAACUAUCUUGACAAUUGGGGGUGAAAUAAUAUUGUACAAGCUUUAUUUUGAUGGAGGGAAUUACCAAUUCAUCAAGCAAAGAGAUCUUAGGAUUACGGGAGCUCCUGUCAAUGCAUAUUCCGCAGGUACUGUCAUUGAAAGAAGAUUGGUCUAUAUUAAAAACAAUAAUGGAUUUUCAGGAGUUUUCAUAACCGGAACUGUUCCAUAUUGGUUAACGAAGACUUACCAAUCUAUACCGAGAAUUUUCAAGUUUACGUCAUUGUCAUCUGUUUCGUUUUCAGCCUUUUCAGAUAGCAAAGGUGUUAAGAACGGAUUUAUUUACUUAGAUAAUAAGAAGAAUGCCAGAAUCUGUGAAUUGCCUUUGGAUUUUAGCUAUGAUAAUAAUUGGCCUAUAAAAAAAAUCAAAGUUCCAAGAGGUGAAACCGUCAAGUCGAUAACUUAUCAUGAAACUUCACAUACUUUUGUUAUUUCCACUUACAAAGAAAUUCCAUAUAAUGCUUUAGAUGAAGAAAAUAAACCAAUAGUUGGUAUCGACCCACAAAAGCCAUCUGCUACUUCUUUCAAAGGGUAUAUAAUGCUUUUGUCACCAUAUAACUGGUCAAUCAUUGAUACCAUAGAGUUGGAGGAUAAUGAAAUCGGGAUGAGCGUAAAUUCGAUGUUAUUGGAUGUCGGGUUGGCACAGAAAAGGUUCAAGCAAAAGAAGGAGUUUAUUGUCAUUGGAACAGGAAAAUACAGAAUGGAAGAUUUAGCUGCAAAUGGAAGCUUCAAGAUAUAUGAAAUCAUUGACAUUAUUCCUGAACCUGGUAGACCAGAAACAAAUCAUAAAUUCAAAGAAUUUUGCAAGGAAGAUACGAGAGGUGCUGUAACUUCAAUCUGUGAAAUUAGUGGAAGAUUUUUAGUCACACAGGGACAGAAGAUAAUUGUAAGAGAUUUGCAAGAUAAUGGUACUGUGCCCGUUGCCUUUUUAGAUACUUCGGUCUACGUCUCUGAAGCUAAGAGUUUUGGAAAUUUGUUAAUAUUAGGUGACACUUUGAAGUCCAUUUGGUUAGCUGGUUUUGAUGCUGAACCAUUUAGAAUGAUUAUGUUAGGUAAGGACUUACAAUCACUUGAUGUCACUUGUGCUGACUUUAUUGUGAGAGAUGAAGAUAUUUAUAUUUUAGUGGCAGAUCUGAAAAACGUGUUGCAUCUCUUACAAUAUGAUCCAGACUACCCAUCUUCCUCCAACGGUCAAGUGUUGUUGCAAAAGUCAUCAUUCAACAUAAAUUCAAACGCAACAUGCAUGAGAUCUAUUCCUAAGAAUGAAGAAAUUAACACUAACUUGAUGUUUGAUAACUUCCAAACGAUUGGUUCUACUAUCGAUGGUUCCUUUUUUGUUGUGUUCCCAGUGAGUGAAUCCACUUACAGAAGAAUGUAUAUUAUACAGCAACAAGUUAUUGACAAAGAAUAUCAUUAUUGUGGUUUAAACCCCGCAUUGAAUAGAUUCGGUGAUAUAUCAGUCACUGCAAACGACACUAACGUAAAGCCAUUAUUGGACUACGAGGUAAUCAAGCUUUUUGCUAGUUUGAACGAAGAUAGAAGAAGAAACUUGCUGAUGAAGGUUGGUUCGAGUCAAUAUCCUGAAAUUUGGAAAGACUUGAUCGAAUUUGAAAACGUAUUGAAAAAUAUGUGA